GCCGUCGUCUUGUCCCCGGGUGCCAUGGAGUUCCUGCCCGCGCUGCAACAUGGCAUAGACGACCUCAAGCCCUCGCUCUUCGAGCUGCUGUCGGAGCAGCAGCUGGCCUCCCUCCUCCCCCCGUCGCUGCGCUACCUGCUCGCCGUCGCCACGCCGCGAUACCCGCGCUACCUGCUGCCGGUCCUCAAUUCCUUCGAUGAGGUGUAUGCGCUGCUGAUGCUGCUGGUGGAGCGCCAUUUCCUGCGCACCUACGGCGGCUCCUUCACCGAGAACUUCUACGGCCUCAAGCGCGCGCGCGUGCUGCGGGUGCGCGGCGGCGAGGUGCCGCGCGCACAGCUGGGCGCCUCGGACAGCGUGCGCGACGCCGUCAAGCUGGGGCGCGGCCAUGUGUGGAAGAACCUCGCCGUGCUGGUCGGGCUGCCGUGGCUCAAGCGGAAGCUGGACGAGGCCUACGACGUGCACGCCGCCCACGCCAACCUGCUGGGCCCGGGAUACAACCGCGAAAGAGACGGACUGCCCGCCGGCGCGACUAUCAAACAAAGGCUGCUGCACUACUACAAGUGGUUCCUGCGCAACAUCUACCCUAGCGUCAACGCCGCAUACUACUUCUCGCUGCUCGUCUUCAACAUGGCCUAUCUGUUCGACAGCACAAAGUACCACUCGCCCUUCAUGUGGCUGAUCGGCACGCGCAUACGCAGGCUGGGCGAGGCCGACCACAAGGCCAUUGAGCUGGCGACGGCCCCGGCCAAGGUUGGCCCUGCGCGGCCUGGAGAGGGGGGAUCUCUCUUCUCGCCCCGGAACCUCGCCCGCAGCAUGCAGCCGCGCCUGUUGAGCUCGCUCAAGAUCCUGCUCCCGACCAGCAUCUUUGCCCUCAAGUUCCUCGAGUGGUGGUACGCCUCCGACUUUGCCCGCCAGCUGUCACGAAAAGCUGCCGAGAACAUUGAGCUGCCGCCACCCAUCCUGCCCUCGCUUCCACCCUCGGCGAAACAACAGCAGGCGUCCAAGCAGGCCGAUGCUGCGGACAAGCCGCGCCCGUGGUCAUCAUCGGCGGAGCAGCCCCCGCGCGUUGAUCCCCCCAUCUCUUCCAUCACCCUCCUGCCCAUCUUCACGGUGCCCUCGCCACCCUCGUCGGCGCUGUGCCCGAUUUGCGUCACCCCAAUUGUCAACCCCACGGCAUCGCCCACGGGCUUCGUCUACUGCUACACAUGCAUCCAUCGCUGGGUAGACGGCGAGCACGAGCGGCAGAUUGCCUUCAUGGAAGGAGCUGCCGGAUUCAGAAACGGACAGGACGGCGAAGAGGGAGACGAGGGCUGGGGCAAGGAAGAAGGCAGCCGAGAAGGCAGAUGGGAGAGCGGAAAGGGUCGCGAUGCCGUGACGGGCAGGAGAGUUCUCGGAGGCACCGAGGGACUCCGACGACAGACAAUGAUACCAGCCUUGACGCACGCCUCAAAAGCCGUUUCCUCUUGUGACUGUCUUGUAUCAGGAACGCUGUGGCUUGCACUUUUUCCAAUCAUGGCCCCGCCAUCGCUGCCGACAGGACUUCCUGUCACUGGGCUUGCAAGCGACGUGCUAGCCCAGACAGAAAGUCUGACACACGCCCAGGAUGUCGCCGAAGAAGCCAUUGCCAGAGACCUCGAGGAAGACAACUCGCCAUCCGAAGACGACGCUUCCUCGUCGAGCUCAGAGACUAUCCGCCAGUUUUCCAUGAUCAAUUCUUAUCGCCGGCCUUCUUGGGUAAACCCAGGCCCGCGCUCUGCAGCCGUCAUCUCCUCCAGUGUUCCCGACCGCAGUCACACGUCCACAUCAUGGAAGAAGCACAGCUACUUGUCCAAGAAAGAACGGGAAAGCGUACGGAAUGAAGAAAGAAGCCUGCUCCGCGAUAACAAUCUGCUGCCGCCAAAACACCCGAGAGCGGCUAGUCAGGGUCCAUCUGAUCGCGUGUCGACGGGUACCUUCAUGUCUGGACUGCGCAAGGUCAAGUCCAUGCCCGACGAGGAGAGCGCCAUUGAGUCACUGUCUGAGCGAACAGCCCUGCUUGGCGCUUCCCGUGGAAACCAGAGCUUGCCGUACGGCGGUCUCGAUUCGCCAAAGACAAUUAACAAGACAUGGGACGAGGCGGUUGCCGCGGGCAAAAUCAGCACCAGCUGGCGGCGUGAAGCAAAAGUCUUGACAAGAACCUCGGCGCCGCUCAUUCUGACCUUCAUGUUGCAGUACAGUUUGCCAGUAGCCAGCAUCUUCACGGUUGGCCACAUUGGCAAGACGGAGCUCGGAGCGGUGAGUCUGGCCAGCAUGACUGCAUCCAUUACAGGAUAUUCCGUGUACCAGGGCCUUGCAACCUCACUAGACACGCUCUGCGCACAAGCAUACGGCUCUGGACGUCCACACCUCGUGGGCCUGCAACUCCAGCGCAUGCUUUGCUUCUUGUUCGUCAUAACCGUUCCAAUCUCGCUCGUCUGGUGGUUUGCUGAGCACAUUCUCGCUGUAAUUGGUCCCGAGCCAGAGACUGCGCGCCUAGCCGGGCUGUACUUGAAGAUCCUCAUUGCCAGCACCCCUGGCUACGCCGCUUUUGAGAGCGGCAAGCGCUAUGUCCAAGCACAGGGCAUCUUCAACGCCACCAUGUACAUCCUUCUCAUCUGUGCACCUCUCAAUGCCUUCUUGAACUGGUUCAUGGUCUGGCAUCUCGGCUGGGGAUUCGUCGGAGCACCCAUUGCCAUCGUCAUCACCGAGAACUUGAUGCCUCUCUUCUUGUUCCUCUAUGUCUACUUUGUUGACGGUUACCAAUGCUGGGGCGGCUUCGACCGACGAGCGCUCAAGAACUGGAUGCCCAUGAUUAAGCUCGCGCUUCCUGGCCUGGUCAUGGUUCUUGCCGAGUUCCUCGCUUUUGAGAUUUUGACGCUGACGUCGAGCUGGCUGGGACCUACAGCGCUUGCUGCACAAUCGGUCCUCGGAUCCAUUACCGGAAUCACGUUCCAGAUACCUUUCCCCGUGAGCGUUGCGGCGUCAACGCGCAUUGCUAAUCUGAUUGGUGCCACGCUUGCCAUGCCCGCCAAAACCGCUGCCAAGGUGGCGGUUUUUGCGUCUGUUUUUAUUGGUUUAUUCAACCUCCUCUUCCUUUCUCUGUUGCGCGAAUCUAUCCCGCGUCUGUUUACGCCUGAUGAAGAGGUCAUUGACAUGGUGGCGCAUCUCCUUCCUCUUUGCGCCACCUUCCAAGUCUUCGACGCCCUGGCCACCAACUGCAAUGGUAUCCUUCGUGGACUGGGCCGUCAAGAGAUUGGCGGCUAUGUUGGGCUGUUCGCAUACUACGCCGUCGGCAUCCCGUGGAGUCUUUGGACGGGCUUCGGCCCGCUUCAUUGGGGGCUGUACGGACUCUGGAGUGGACCUGCAAUUGCGCUCACCAUUGUCGCAGCAAUCGAAGGCGUCUUCAUCUGGCGGACGAGCUGGGAGAAAGCUGUCGAGGCCGCCAAGAUUCGAAACGCGGCUAGUUGAAGUGUUUUCGGGUGUUGUUAUUUUCUAGUUUCUAAACGAUGUGUUUGGAGUAAUUUGGCAAGAUUCUAACGAUGAUUAUGACGAUAAAAGUUGUCUAUUCUUGGGGAGGUGUACUGGCGUUCUAUGAGCGAGUUGGAUAUUUUCGGUAGAUAUAAUAGUCAAACUCUGCCUCACCUUGCCUGUACGUUUAGCACAACACGGGACGCGUGUCAUGACAGCCUGAGGCGCAAGGAAAGAGUGCUUGAAAGGGGGCCCUGCGAGGAUCGACAAG